AUAUUAGCUAUUUAAUAUAAAUAAAAAAUAAAUAGAAAAUAUUUAUUCUCCGAUACAGAUCCAGUCCAUAUUUGUUAGUAUCAACUUACAAAUUAUAUAGGCGGCAAACAAGCAGACGAAUUAUCUGAUGGUAAGCGAUAACCGACGCCCAUGAACAACUGUAACACCAUAGGGGUUGCCAGCUACUGUUUUUUUUUUAUACAUUUGUAUCGGAACGAUGGGCUAACGUAGACAUUAAGGUGUCCAUUAAUUAUGAAUAUACAUUAAGAGUACAUAUAUGCAAAAUAACUUAAAUUUAGAAUGACCUUGUUUUGGUGAAUUUUUGACCGAGCGUUAGUGAAGGUCUCCAUUUCAGCUUGAGCAAAAAUACUUUCUUAUGUCUGCAUGUUCUUCUCUGCACGUUGCAUUUAUCAACAGAUUUUAUGACAUUUUGUGAGCGGAUUCGACAGUCAAAUAUGAUUUCUAUCGUUUUGUUUUUUUAGAAAAUAUUUUAAAUGGCGAAAAUUGAUUUAAGCGCCAGUAAGGUCUAUGGCGCUUAAGACCACUGUGAGUUCGUUGUAAUAAUAACUCAACAAAGUAUUUUUUAAGUUUUUACAGUUUUUAAGUUUCUUGCAGGCUCACAUAGUUAUUAACUACUUACACAAUCCUUACAAUACAAUCAUGGUAUGAGUAUGGUUAGAAUAUUUUUUUCUUAACAACUGUGUUUUACUUUAAUAUUUGGUUUUUACUGGAUGUAAUAAUGACACUUUAACUAAAUGCUUUAUUAUAUGAACUAAGAUUACUAAAAGCUGUAUCAACUAAAAGAUGCACUAUAAUUCGUCGCGUUUGCAAUAGCCGCACUAGCUGCGCGCUACGUUGCCAUCUCGAAUGCGCGCGAUUUUUGUUAUCAUUCUUUCCCUCUCUUCCGUAUAGAUUAACAAUAUUCAAUUCAUGACAACGCGGCGCCCAGUUGCGCGGCGAAUGCCGAACGUUUCGGACAUUGAACAAGUGACGUUCUGUCAUUGACGCGUUAGUUAUACAAAAUGGAGGCCGAACCGAGUUCGUCGACAGAACCGACAAGUUUAAUUAAUUUUGAAUUUCGAAAUAACGUGAGCAACAUCGAAUCAGCCCGAUUUCUCCAACGCAUAUUGGACAAAUCUAAAGAAGAGAAUAUGUUUGUGAAACCCUUGACCGAUGCUUUAGAUCGCACAUAUUUUUACACCGGCCUCGAUAAAAGAUCUAUCCCUGCCCUCAAAUACACCGAUACACAAAUCUCAGAAGUGAAGGAUAUUGAAAGAUCUGUUAUACAUGAGCGAUUGGUUGCUUUCUAUUUGAACUCAUUCAGUCUUGAUUAUUCAAGUCCAGGAACUACACCUACAACGAAGAAUCUGUUCGCAGCUCUGUAUGGAAAGAUUCCUAAACACGUGGAUAUUCGUACGUUUCGCAAAUACUUGAUCAAGUUUGAAUAUGUUUGGUUGAGGAUAGCCAAAGGAUACAUUGUCAUGGAAAGACCUAGCGUUACCUUUGAAAGAUACUAUUACUUGAAGGAUAUAAUGCGAUAUCGUGAAGAGAAUAGAGAAAUUUUCUACGUCGAUGAAAUAAUUUUGACCUCCAGUUGUAAUCUCUAUCAAUUAAAAAAAUACAACAGUCUGCUGAAAGCAGCUAAUAAAGCAAAUAUAGAUGUAUCACAAAGCGUUUUAUUAAAACACAUAUACGCUGUCUCGAAAACUGGAGUCUAUGCUGUAAAGACUUUUGAUGAUUACACGUCAUCUAACUUUGCCAGUUGGAUAAUAGAUGAUUUAAUACCACUACUGCCCGAGAAAAGUGUUGUUGUAAUACAAAAAUACGAUCAAUAUGAUGAUGUUAUUAAGAAACCUACGUUAUACAGUGUAAAAGAAGACAUGAUAGAGUGGCUUGAACGGAAUAACGUACCUUUUGAAGAAGAUAUGUCAAAAUGUGAACUGAUGUCUCUAAUAGACACUUACACUUCUGACAUUAAUGAAUACAGUCUAAUUGAAAACUCACUUAAGUUAAAAGGCCAUCAUUUGCUCCGUCUGCCUGUCUGUAUUGAAGACAUGACUCCAGCUAAACACCUCUUUGAGUUAUUAAAACUAAAUUCCCACAAAGUACGAGUAAAUAUCAAUUUAAUAAUCGAAAGUGUCCCUCAACCUACGUUAGAGGAGUAUGACAAAAAUAUAGCAGAUGAAGAGAGAUAUACGAUGGAAAUAGAUAUGCGAAUGGACGAGGUUCUAGAUACUGUUGUAAAGGACUAUCAGAACCUACGAUUUAAGGAUGAAGAUUCUGAAGUGCCGCUCAGUGAUAGUGAUUGAAUAAUACAAUAAACUUUUUUAUUUAUUUAUAAGUUUAUAACAAAGUGUCAAUUUUUAAAAGCAUGCGAUUGAAAAAGCUGUCAUGCUGUUAUGUACAAAUGCAACCAUCAUGUCUGUACUGAUUAAAGUGAAGCUUAUAUUGUCUGUAAUCCAUACUGAUUAAAUAUUUUUUCCGAUGACUGAAAAGUAAUUUUGUUAUUAUUUAAUGUCCAAGUUUUCGUGCUAAUAUUGUAUGAUGAUAAUUUUAAACAAGAAUACACUAUUAUCUUUUUAACAAA